GCACCCCCCCAUUUAGGUCAUGUUUGUCAUUUGCUGUCUGCCUUCACUUCACUCAUCGCAGCACGCCGAGACACAGCAGGGAUGGCAGGCGAAACUGCUCUGCCACUUCAACAGUUGAUCGCAUCACUGGACGAUAAGUGUCUGCCAAAGAUCCUGCAGGUCGUCUCAGGAGUCUAUUUCCAAGGGUCGAUAUAUGAACUCUCUGGAAGCGAAGUGAGCUUUUCUACCGGGGAUCUAAUAAAGGUCAUCCGUAUCGAGCUCCAAUCGGUUUGCUGCGAGGAUGUCAGCGGCGAUGACAAGUUUGAGCUCCCUAUCGGCCACAUAGGCUUGUACAAGGUUGUUCCAGAGGAGAUGCCGUACAGCACGGUGGAGGAGAUGGUGAGUCUGAGGCCUGUGGACCUGGACUCCUGCCUGCCCUUCACUUUCACCAGCAGCUCUAAGAUCACCUUGGACAACUUCACACUGGCCGCUGGCAGAGCUUUGACGGUGCUCUCCGUUGAGAAGGAUCAGGUCCGCUGUCACGUUCAAGGGCAACAGGAGGUCUCAGCCGAAGUGUGCAUCCCUCUUUCUUCCAGAGGAGAGUUCUAUGAAUGUGAGAGCCAGGAGUGUUUCAACCUGCAGGAGAUCAUGUCCUCCCCCAGCCUGCGUAGUCGAAAGUUUCGCAGCACCAAAAGUGAACGGCCAGUUUUCCUGAGUCCAAUAUACCAGGUCCACGCCAUCAUGAACUUGAGGAAGAAUGUGUUGAAGUUCUCGUCCAGUUCAGAGGUGGAUGUGAUGGAUGUCACCGAGCUCUGCAAAGAUGUCGUUUUUGUGACCCCGCUCACUCUGACAGAGGUCCAGUCCCAGCCAGAUGAAUCGUUCCCAGCAGUGGUGGAGAUACUGGAAGGCCCAGAGACCCACUCUCUGUUCAGGUGCGGUUGGAUGCAAGAACUGAUCAAGGGCAGGAACCUGGUUUUCCACAAGAAAGGAACGUCAACCAGGAUUUUAUUCUCGAGCCUGAAGAGCCGCAAGGCACAGCAGUACUUUCUGGUGUCUCAGCAAUACGCUGGACGGUUUCGGAGGCGGCCGAGAGAGUUUAACUCCGUGUACGAGCUGUACGUCGCUUCAGUCCAGGCGCCGGGUCUGAGGGUGAGUGUCACCAGGAGCUUUGAGGAGGUUGAGGAGGAGGGCCUGCCUGCGCUCAGUGUGGGGGAACAGCUGGAGGUUGUGCGCUGUGUCAGGAUGGAGCUGCCUUGUGGAAGCAGAGAGGAAGAGAAGCAGUCCGUGGAGGCUCUGCUGUGUCAUCGCUUCCAAGAGCCUGAUGAUGGAGAUGAUGAUGAUGAUGAUGAAGAGGAGGUCAGGCAGGAGGAUGAGAGAGAGGAGAUUUCUCUGCCUCUGUACAUGCAAGCUCACUUAGUGGAGGUGCUCAAGGACAACAAGAAGUACAAACUCAGGGACUUGGAAAAGGAGUUCAGUUUCCCUCUGGAUGUUAAAGUGAUGAACCGGGACAAUGUCAUGGAGACUGAUCCGCUGGCUGGGCUGACAUGUCUCAGAAUAGAAGGGGCCAUGUCAGAGCCCAUCAUCCAGGCGAGUCUUCCCCACACGCCAGAACACUGUUUUGAGAUCCCAACACAGUGGCUCUCUAUGUCUGUCUCUUUCACCGAGGACUCCCUGCCAUGGCCCAGCGAUCAGCCCCCUGAGUGCCAUAUUGAGAGGGUCACCGAGGUGGCAGAUACGUUCUUUUACGAAUACCGCAAACAGGCGAACUCGGAUGCAGCUCCUCCUCCUCGGCCACCAAAGCGAAAUUUGUCUUCUUUAGACGCCAAGAAAAAACCAUUUGUACCUCCAAAGAAAUCCUCCAAGGAUGAAAAAUCGAAACAUCGACCAGACGAGAGAUCCACGACCAAAGACUUCGCCAAUAUGACUCUAAGCAGCAAAAAGAGACACGCAGCUCCCCCACCACCGGAUAUUUUCGAUGAGCAGCCGCCACCACUUGCACCGAGAAAGCAGUCAGCAGCUGAAUUGACAAUUGGCAAGGCCCUGCCAAACAUGUACGUGAAGAGGGUGGAUUCUACAACGAAAGUUGCGUCAGAUGCGGACAGUGACCACGACUAUGAGGAAUUGGAUGAAAAAUUGCUCACAAUGAUAAAGCAAUCACAGGAAAAUGUAACUUUCUACUAAAAGAUUACAGCAGGAAAAGUUAAUAUCAUAGUUUUGUGGCUCUACUCCCUUGAAAUAUUCCAUGACUGUGUCCCAGAGACCAAGCAACCAAAUGCUCCAUUAAAUCAUAGAGUGUUGAAACUCAUACUCCCAUGUUUGAUAAUUGGUUUAACAUCGGUAAGGUCGGAUAUUCCAGCUUGAUAACAUGUUAUUGAAGCAAAAACAGGGUAAACUAUGAGAGCAAGAUUUAAAACACCCUGUGGAGCUUUUGAUGAAUCGUGGUACAUCAAGUGUUGUGGACACUUCAGUACCGAUGUUGAGACUCCAUCCGGGGUUGUGCAACAAAAGCAUAGGUACGUUAUAUUCAAACUUAGCUAAAACUAACCAAACCAUGUGGUAGCUUGGGGCUGAAACUAUUUCUUUUUCUAUAUAAAAGCUUUACAUUGUGCAAUACAGCAGUACCUUAAAACAAUAAUACAGUAAAAUAAAAGAAUAAACACAUUUCUUGCGUUGAAUCAACACCUCACUCUCAAUAAUUGCAUAUUUUAAAGUUUUGUUUAAGUUUUACCAAGUUGUAUUUUACUGUAAAAGCUUUUAAUGUAUUGCACACUCAUUCCUCACAUACAUAUACGUGUUUGCCAAGGCAGCACAAUGGUGGCUUCUGCUUCUGGUGGAUUCUAUAGCUACAAUAGCAGAAAAUUUAAUUUCAAUUUCAUUGAAAUCGAAUCCCUGGUGGAAGAAUUGCUUUUCAGUAACACACUGAACUGGAGACAACAUUAAAGAAAUUAAUGUAAGUUUUAUUUGUGUGGGGUCUCUUGUAUGUAUGGAGUGUUUUUGCAUUUUGUAUAAACAUGUAACUGUGUUGACCAGUCACUUGUUGUCAGGUAUGCUUUUCUCAAGUUCUGCAUUAUGUCCAGUUAUUUUUGCUACAGGCGGACUCAGUAAAAGACACAAAUCUUAA